AUGUCGGACGCUGUCUCCAUCAGAUCCACACGCAGUGCACCUCCAAGAUAUAGUGUUGCGCUUCAACAUUCAAUACAGGAAGAAGAAGAACCCCCAAGAGUUGUACCGGAAGCACCAUUGGUGGUGUUAGCGUCCCAAACCAAUCUAUCGACUGAUACUCUCGUUGAAGCCACCGCGAGAAACUAUUCAGCUAACGUAGAAGCAAGAGGGCAAUCUUCAUUUGACGUGGAAGCAAGAGGUCCAUUCACAUUUUCACCAUUUGGUCCAAACGCUAUGCUACUUUUGCCCCAUGCUCUCUCUUCAAACUCACGUCCUCUAUAUCACAUCUCUAUCUCGAACGACUGUUUCAGACCUCAGAUAUACACUACAACUAUUCGCAGAGAAACAGAGCAAGGUCAGGUUGUCGCAGAAAUUCAGUUUGGUCUUUCGAAUUUCCCUCGAUGA